AUGAUUGCAACAACAUCCCGCCUCGUGGCGCGCGCGUCCAGGCCCAUCCUUGCACCACCCUCGGCCACUCUCGCCAACCUUCGAGCCCCCUGCCUGCCACCCGUCGCACCGCGCUCCUCGACCCGGGCCCGCACUUCGGCCUUCAGCACCAGCACAGCCGCCUACCGCUCCUCGACAUUCGCUCGCUCACCGCUGACGAGCCCAUCCCCAUCCCGCCUCCUCUCCGGCCCAGCACCAUGGCACCUCCACCGCGCGUGCAUCGGCGGCGCAUCGGCCGCCGCCGCACCAUCAGCACUGCCUGCAUCAGCACGCCACCUCUCCCUCUUCUCCAGCAACAAGUCUGGCGGCGACGUCGACUCGGCAGCGCAAAAGGCCACUGAGCUCAAGGACACGCUCGAGCACAAGGCCGACGCUGCCAUCGACCACGUCAAGGAGGGCGCAUCCCACGCAUCCCAACAGCUCCACCAGGCGGCCACCCCGCAGCCCGCCGCCGACUCGUUUGUCUCGGCCGCACACAACACCGUCCCGGAACCGGCGGCCGCCGUCGAUGUCGGCGCCAGCAGCAGCAGCGACACCACCACGGGUGCGCUGUCGGACCUCGCCACCUCGCUCGACCCCACCAGCGCCGCCACCGUCUCCGAGACGCUCGCCUCGACCGGCUUCGCGGGCAUCCAGGCGGGCGAGCUCUCGUCGCUCGGCCUCGCCCACUGGGUCUCGCCCGUCGGCUGGGUGACGCAGCUGCUCGACUUUGUCGGCACCCACACCGGCCUGCCCUGGUGGGGCACCAUUGUCGUCACCACCGUGGCGCUCCGCCUCGUGCUGGCGCCCAUCAACAUUGCCGGCCAGAAGAACGCCAUCCGCCUCGGCAACAUUUCGCCGCGCAUGAAGACCCUCAUGGACGACGUCAAGCACCACAAGGCCUCGGGCGACCAGCGCGCCAUGCAGGAGGCCAUCGCCGAGGUGCAGCGCCUGAUGCGCGACAACAACGCCAACCCGCUCAAGAGCUUCACCCCCAUCCUCUUCCAGUUUCCCCUCAUGUUUUCCUUCUUCCUCGCCCUCGAGCGCAUCGCAAAGAGUGGCGCCAGCGGCUUCGACAUCGGCGGGCCCUUCUGGACCGUCGACCUCUCCAGCCCGGACCCCACCUACCUCCUCCCGCUCGUCAGCACCGCCGCCACCCUCGCCGUCGCCGAGCUCGGCUUCAAGCUGGGCACCACGGGCGGCGCCGCCCAGGAUCAGGCCCAGUCCAAGAUGAUCAAGUACGUCUUCCGCGGCUUUAUGCCCAUCAUUGGCUACUUUGCCACCACCUUCCCCUCGGGCGUCCUCGUCUACUGGGCCACGACCAACCUCUGGUCGCUGCUGCAGAUGCUUGUCCUGCAGAUCCCCGUCGUCCGCCGCGCCGUAAAGUUCCCGGUGCGCAUCAAGCACGAGCCCAACCCGUACGCCAAAAAGGAGCCGGGCUUCCUCGAGGGCCUCCGCGCCAGGAUGGCCGAGGCCACGCCGCCCUCGGCCGUGCCCAAGUCGGCAUCGCAGCCGCGUGCCGCGCCCAAGGGGUCCCGGAUGGACGCCAUGCGCGAGAUCCUCGAUCAGGAGCAGAGGUCCAAGCUCGACUAUGACCGGUCACCUUCGUCGGUCGGCGCCGCCUCCGAGGAUGCCGCUGUCAGCGCGGCAGAGGCGCGGAGGAAGAGGGUGGCAAAGGCUCGGGCGCGGAGGCACCACUGA